UCACAAAUCAGAGCUGAGGAGUCAGGAGCAGGUCUGUGAAAUUUACUCUCCUUUGUACCCCAGCAGGAUAUCAGCUCACCUGCAAAUUCAUCUUUAAGGGGAUGAACAAUCAAUAUAUCCGUCGGGAAGUCUUCUGCUGUGAAACAUGUCACGAACUCAAAAGCUUCUGGGAAAAAGAAAUUAGCAAACAGACUUGUUACAGGGAACUGGAGGAAGACCGUCAGGGAAGGAGCGCCCUGAGAAAGCUCAGAGAAGAAUGGAAGCAGAGACUGGAGAAAAGGCUACAGAUGCUGGACAAUCCUGAUGAGAAGAAAAAGCAGACAAAUACGGUGGGCUGAGAGCCUCCUGCUUCAUCCACUUCAAAGAUAACAAGCCACCAAGGGCACUCUUCUAGGAGAAAAAUCUAACACCCAAGUUAUGUUGAUUUACUAAGCAGGACACUCUCUAUUUGCUUUCCAAUUUGUAAGGGAUUUACAUGUGAAA